GCUUAGAGGAGGAUGCCGCUGAAUUAAUUGCAGUAAAGCCCCGGUCACUGGAAAUAUGUGUUACGAGUGUUGAACUGAAUAUAAGCAAGCGGUUAAUUCUGCUAUUUCCACCGACUCUGCGAAAGAUUCUCGUGGCUUGAGCUGAACCACUGCGUCGCGCGCUGACUCACUCUGACAUUCUCGCUAUGGAACAAAUUCGUAGGUUCUUCACAAUAUUGUUCGCUCUAAGUGCAACCUGGGUGGAGAUUAAUGCUCAACUCCACAUGUAUGUUGCUCACUUCAAUUGUAAUGACCCUCAAGGUCUCUAUUACAUCAGCAACAGCAUCUGGAAAGGAACACCCGCGAGGGAUGCUCUAGGACGUUGUGCCCGCUUACAAUAUGUUGCCUUGCUAGCUUCAGAAGCUAAUUCAACUUGUUUCCGGAAUUACCUUGCUCACAUUAACUCUGCUCUAGGUACCAAUAACUCAGCGUAUACAAAUUUGAACGGACAAGUGUCAUGCUAUCCGAAGGCGGACCCAUGCCCUACUUCGGGCCCAGUUGUUGUUUGCCGCAGUACCCGAUCUGAAGCUAGCAAUGCUUCCAUUAACUCAAGAUGUCCAGAAAACCUACAGAUUACCAAUGGCAAAGUAGUCUACCCGUCAGGAAAUGUCUUUCCAUCUCAAGCAUUCUACAAGUGCAACCCAGGAUACUAUAACGACGGCUUUGGAACUGCCGACUGCGACGGAGGAGGCGCAUGGAACGGUGGAGCUUUCAAACAUUGUACAGCAUACAAUUGUCCUGCACCGAAACUAACUGAUGGUAUUAUUACGGGUACUUCCCCUCUCUACACCGCAUCAUGUAACAAAGGAUACACGCUUUCUGGUAGCAACAAUGUCACCUGCGUGGAUUCAGCCACAACCACAUGUCUACCAGCAUGUAUCCCAAUCACAUGUCCUGCGACUCCAUCAAUCACUAACGGCUAUCUCAUUACAACCAUCGCUAGUUUCACCAGUGGAGGUACAGCCAAUGUGUCCUGCUUUCAAGGAUACCAAAGAAUGGGGCCAGGAACCAUCACUUGUGACAGUAAUGGUCAGUGGCUAACUGGAACCUCUCUUCAGCAUUGUAAAUUAAGGUCAUGUACUAAACUUAACCCACCGACGAAUGGCUCAAUUGUAAGCAGCUCCACAUCGCCAUAUGGAAUGACCAUAUUCGAAUGUAACAAUGGCUAUGAACUGACGGGAAACCGGGCAUCUGUAUGCUUAGCAAGCGGUACUUGGUCCAACACAGUACCUACAUGUACAAAACUACGUACAACGGCUUCUCUCACCACAACUAAUAUCGUGGCAGCAUGCAUUGGCUUUUUCGCUGGUUUGCUUGUUCCUGGUUGUCUGAUCAUAGUUGGAUUAGUACGACACCAACGCAUGUCCACGUCCAAAACGGUAGCAGAGACCAAUAAUACCCUGCCAACUGAUGUAAUUGGUAACCAUAUGACGAAGAGUGAGGCGUACGAGAUGACCCCAGCUAGCAAUUUAGCAACCCAGGACCCCCAGUAUAAAUCAUUGGGGCAUGUUUAAUUGCCAAUGUGUGCUCGGUUAGUCUGCGUCUCACCGACCAGUGUGCAUUCACAGAAGAUGCAAGUGCGAAGAAAAAGACUGACCAGAGCUUGGUCGAGUGCGCUGGCUUGUGGUUGAAAUCAGUUUGUCUUCAGAAAUUAUUGUCCGUUUUAUUUGCCUCAACUUCUCCUGUGUUUGGAAUCUUUCUCUUUCGAUUCAUUUGCCACGUUUCUGGCCCUGUUGCCCAUUGCCUCUUUGCAAUUUCAAUGCCCGUAUCUAAAGAAAAAAAUGCAAGUAACUAUAAGCCAAGUUCUAAACCAUUAACUCUCGGCCACCUAUCCGUUCGCUUCACAUUUUUGCGCUGUAUUCCGUCAAUUGUUUUGAUUUAUCGCAUAACAAUCCACCUUUCCUGCUGCCUCUGCUGGCUCUAAUUUGCACAUCUUUCCAUUCAAUGCAUCAUGCAUUGCACCAGACUGACAUAGAUAAUUGUUGUCAAUGGUCGGUAGCCACUGCCAUCAGUUAGUUCCCUACACUUUGAAAAAUAUAUUUGGCAACGAAUGGCGUAUUUAUUCGGAACUCUGAUCUUCAAUGUCGUCGUGGGGUGAAUAUCACUCCUUCGCGACGUUUCUCUGUCCAUAUCCGCGCUAUCACCCAUAAGGUUCGCUGUCAGUUCUCCUAUUGCGCUGCAUAGCCUUUUUCCUUCUGCACCAACUGUGAAUGUUUCUUUUCUAUAAUUAUGUUAUUUGCAAUACUCGUCAGAUUGUGCAGUCCCGGGUUGGUUGUUCGCCGUUUCUUUCUCACUUACAAUGGAUUCGCUGCAUGAACAUGUGCUUUUAUCUUCAAAACAUUACAGUACGCAGCAGUUGU